CAAAGAGUAGAUCUCCCAGUCACAUUUCUCUGUGAAGUCACGCUUUUUUAGUGGAGCAUUAGAAAGCCAACACUUGCAUUUGACGUUUUUUUUCUGCAUGCAUUGCGAAAACUCCACGGAGCGUCAAAUCUUUUAUUUUUGACUUUUAUUUUUAACUUUCCAGGAUUCAAGUCUGCCAGUCGCGCUGUGCGCCCUCACAGGCUGUCACUGCAGUCUUUGGGCAUCACGCUUGGAUUUAGAAAGAAGGAUUUUCUCCCUUUUUUACGGCGCUAAAGCUGUUCCUUAAUUCAUUCGCAUGAAUCUCCUCGACCCUUACCUGAAGAUGACAGAAGAACAGGAGAAUCGUCACUCUGACGCUCCCAGCCCAAGCAUGUCGGAGGACUCGGCGGGCUCGCCGUGUCCGUCCGGCUCCGGUUCGGACACUGAGAACACCCGACCGUCCGACAACCACCUCCUCUUGGGUGCAGACUACAAGAAGGAGAACGAAGAAGAGAAGUUCCCCGUGUGUAUCAGAGAUGCUGUGUCCCAGGUGCUGAAGGGUUAUGACUGGACCUUGGUGCCCAUGCCGGUGCGCGUCAACGGCUCCAGCAAAAACAAACCUCACGUCAAAAGACCCAUGAACGCAUUCAUGGUCUGGGCUCAGGCUGCACGGAGGAAGCUGGCUGAUCAAUACCCGCAUCUGCACAACGCGGAACUCAGCAAAACCCUGGGCAAACUUUGGAGAUUGCUCAACGAGGUAGAGAAGCGCCCGUUCGUGGAAGAAGCCGAGCGUUUGAGGGUGCAGCAUAAAAAGGACCACCCUGACUACAAAUAUCAGCCAAGGCGAAGAAAAUCUGUCAAGAACGGGCAAAACGACCCCGAGGACGGCGAGCAAACCCACAUUUCUCCUAAUGCGAUCUUCAAGGCGCUGCAGCAGGCCGAUUCUCCUGCGUCAAGUAUGGGCGAGGUGCAUUCUCCAGGCGAACACUCAGGUCAGUCCCAAGGCCCACCAACACCCCCAACCACCCCAAAGACAGACCUCCCCUCCAGCAAAGCUGACCUCAAACGUGAGGGCCGUCCCAUGCAGGAGGGCACCAGCCGCCAGCUCAACAUCGACUUCGGAGCAGUGGACAUCGGCGAGCUGAGCAGCGAGGUCAUCUCCAACAUGGGUAGCUUUGACGUCGAUGAGUUCGAUCAGUACCUGCCGCCUCACAGCCACGCCGGGGUGGCCGCAGCAGCUCAGGCCGGCUACACCGGCAGCUACGGCAUCAGCAGCUCCUCGGUCAACCAGGCAGCCAGCGUCGGGGCCCAUGCGUGGAUGUCCAAGCAGCAGCAGCAGCAGCAGCACUCUCUGACCACUCUGGGCGGAGGAGGGGAAAGCCAGCAGCAGAGAACCACCCAGAUCAAGACGGAGCAGCUGAGCCCGAGCCACUACAACGAGCAGCAGGGCUCCCCACAGCACGCCCCUUACCCGUCCUUCAACCUGCAGCACUACAGCACCUCGUCUUAUCCCUCCAUCACAAGAGCACAGUAUGACUAUUCAGACCACCAAGGCGGUGCCAACUCCUACUACAGCCAUGCAGCAGGCCAAGGCUCCAGUCUGUACUCCACCUUCAGCUACAUGAGCCCCAGCCAGAGGCCCAUGUACACCCCCAUUGCUGACACCACAGGGGUGCCCUCUGUACCCCAGACCCACAGUCCGCAGCACUGGGAGCAGCAGCCCAUUUACACACAGCUCUCCAGGCCCUGAGGAGGCCUCAGCACUGACUGUACUACCCCCACCCUAAGCAUAGACUUCUCUCUGCCAGGUGCCACCUUUGUGCCACACCCGUCAUUGCCAACAGAAAAACAUGACAUGAACUUUUUUUAUAGUACUGAAAAUAUAUCUUUGGAUUGGCUCACAACAGUGCCUUUUGUAUUGGUUGGAAUUGUGAUUAUAUUUUUUUAGAUAUAAUGUUUUAAAAAGUGAAAUCCUCUGUGAGGACAUACUGGUUAUAAAUAUUUUAGUAUGUACUGUGUAUGUGUUCUGCUCUUGUCAUCAUCAUAAUCAGUGUCAUCAGCAUCUUCAUCGUCAUGAUUUAACACGUCUUAAGGAGCAGGAAAGCCGGGUACAAACACCCUCAGUGGCCUUACUUCUCACUGAUGUAUUUCUUGUACAGAAGUAAGAAACGUCUGUUUACUGACACAUUCUCCCACGUUCUGCUUUGAGUUUCUGUACUGUACAUAUCUUACUGUAAUUCCCAUGAGAUGCAAGAACUGAGGUUGGAAAAAGAUUGGCCAUGAAAUGACUGUGUCAUCAGUGAAUUUGUCAAAUCUUCUUCUUUGCUUUAGCUCAACUAACGUUGGAUAGCAGGUGCCAUGUAAUUCUACUCUAGGGGCCUUACUGUGUUGGUAGAUGUAACUGAGCAAUGCUUGCUUUUAUCCGAGUACUGCCUUGAUACCAUUGGUGCCUCUGGAGCCACAGUGAGGAGGCUCCUUCCUCUGGCAUUGCAGUGUCUAAACCAUAGCAUAGUUCUGACUUCCUGCACCAGGAGAUGCAGGAAGUGACCUCGACCUUUCUCUCCUCAGCAGCCAGCAGCUCUGAGCCUGGCGUGCUUCUAUCAUUCCUGCAGCUCCGUCCUAUUUCCUAACCUUUUUUUUUCUUAAUUUAUUCCUUAGCAUUAAUUUUAUUUGAGAAUAACUAUUUGCAAUUAUCAUUUUAAUUCAGCAGCAGCUAACUGAGAUGUUUUCAGUGAAUAGAUUGCUGCCGUAUGUGGUACAAAUUUGUUUAUUUAUCAUUUGUAAAUGUUUCCGUAUAAAAGUUUCCUUUAUUCAUGAUCUAGUUAUGUACAGAUUACUUAUAAUUACACGAUGAGUCUUUCUCUAAAAAAAGAAAAAAAAGAAAAACUGGAAGUUUCUCUUUCUUUUUUUGUUCUAACAAUUGAAUUAAUGGAUAUGGAAGCUGUGCCUGAAUUUUUUUGUAAAGAAUUUGCUGGAAUCAACAGGAUACUUUUUGUUAUUAAAGCUGUGUUCCUCGUUUUAUAUUCUGUAUUGUUAGUUCUCAUUUUGUCAUCUCCUUAAUGCAGUCUCCGUAGGUAAACAUGGCGUUGUCUUAAAGCUUAUCUUUUGUAUUAUAUUGUUUGCAAUAAAAACAAAAC